AUCUCCAUGGAGUUCACGUGGACAUUCCAAUCGAUCACAAACCGCAUCCUGCGCAGCUUGGUGGAAACGUUUAUACUCAACAAGAUGCGCAAGUCCCUCGGGUUUGUCAAGUCUGACGUGGACGCUGGCGGAUUUCGUUGGUCGUACCUCGAGAAGAACGACGCGACGGACCAAGACAAUGCAACAUCCAAACCUGUCGUCGUGUUUGUCCAUGGGUUCUCGUCGGAGAAAGAUUCAUGGAUGAACGUCGCGAAAUACGUCCCGCCCUCUGCACGCGUGCUCAUUCCAGACCUGCCUGGCCAUGGCAUGACGUCGCCCAUGCUCGCGACAGGGAAUUAUCGAGCGGCCGAGCAAGUUCGCAACUUGAAAUCGUUCUUGGACGCCACAGUCGGCCCCAACAUCCACCUCGUCGGCUGCUCCAUGGGCGGGCUCAUCUCCGGGGUGUUUGCCGCCACGUACCCCGACCAGCUCCACAGCUUGACAUUGAUAUGUCCCGCAGGCGUGUCGAUGCCACGGAAGAGUCCCGUCCUCAAGCUGUACGAGGACGAAGGCAAGAACGUGAUGCGAGCAGGGACCGUCGACGGAAUCAUGCAGUUAGGACAAUAUGUCUCGCACCAUCCGCCGAAUCUCGAUCUCGUGCCUCCAAAGGGGGUCGAACGGAUGGUCCUGGGAGCCCUCGCCAACUACCGGGCGGAGCGGAUGCCAGUCAUCGACAAAAUCUUGCAAGAUUUGAUGGAGGACAAGACAGCGCUGGAGCAAAACUUGCAUCGAAUUCAAGCCAAGACGGUAGUUCUUUGGGGUGAAAACGACCAGAUCCUGGACGUGUCAUGUCUCGACCGGAUGGAAGCACUCCAGGGGGAAAAGGUCGUGAUCCCGGAGUGCGGCCACCUCGUCCAGCAUGCUGUUCCGCAACUGUGCGCCGAUCACAUCAUUCGAUUCAUGGCAGAGUCGCAUCCAUCGGCCGUAUCCAGGGUAACUCCGUAACAUUUCGCACACGUGUGCAGUGCUAAACUGUCAUUUGUUCGUAC